AUGGGCAGUAUUAAUUUCUCAUAUCCAGUGAACAGAGAACCAAACAUAGCGGCACAAAAUUUAAGCUCAAGUUCAAGCUUUCCAGAGUAUUUCAAGAAACUGUCGAGUGCAUACUCGAGGCAGACUGGAGACUCCACGUUCAACCUGAUAUACUCCUUCUUGCAACAUCUUCCAGCCGAUGUAACCUUGAACGAGCAGUCGAUCAUCCACGACAAUGCUGCAGGACCAGGCACAGCCACUAUCGCAGCUAUGUCGGUCCUCAAGAAAGAGCCAGCCAAAAUUGUGGUCACGGAUUUUACUCAAGGCAUGAUCGACAACAUGCAAUCAAGAAUUGAUCAAGAGCAAUGGAAAAACAUCACAGCCUCUGUCAUGGACUCUCAUGAGCUCGCAUUGCCAGAUAAUACAUUCACGCUCACAAUCUGUAACGUUAGCACGUCGACGUUCAAAGAUCCGUUGAAAUGCAUGCAGGAGAUACUUCGCACUCUGCAGCCCGGCGGAGUCUGCAUCAAUUCGCAGUGGAAAAAAUUUACCGUCAAAGACAUCAUCCACAAGGCUCAAACCAGCAUUCGGCCAGACUGCAAGCUGUUCAAUAUGCCAAAGGCGGAGUUUUUGAAUGAUGGAGUGCUGAGGGACCUGAUGUUAGACGCAGGUUUCGCCGAGGCUGCCCAAUACGUGGAGACAACCAUUAUUACGGACGAGGCAAUGGAAGGUCUCCGCGAAUUUAUGUGUGGUAAUCUUACGGCUUCUGCGAGGAGCGGCUGGACAGAAGAAGAGGCAGCAAGGUGGCCUGCUGCCAUUGACGCUGCUAUUGAAGAGGAGACGGCAGAUAAUGGCGGCAUUAAAAUGGAGGCUUGGAUGGUCGUAGCAAGAAAGGCAGGUUCAUAA